CGCUCAAAGCCGGUGGCCGGAGAGGUCCUUCAUAGAGCAACUUAUUUACGAUUCCUUUAUCUUUGCCUUAUCAAUACACACUCAUCGCAAUGUUGUUCCGUGCUUUUCAUCGCAGGCUGCAUCGGACGCUGCGUCUUCUUGGGGCGGACGCCAAAGUGCCACCGGUUGGUACGGAGAAAGUAAAAGAACUGCUGGAAAAUGCAGCUACCUUCGAGGACAUAAAUUCCCCCGAUGGAACGGAUAGCGAGUGGGCCACACUUCCGUAUGUGGCUGGCACCUACAUUAACCGCGACCAAUCCAAAAAGGCCAUUCGACCAAAGAUUGACCCGCGAGAAACGAACGUGAUUGUAUUCCCUGGCCAAGGUACCCAGUACGUGGGGAUGGGUUCGAAACUUCUAAAGUUUCCCAGUGCCCGUGACAUCUUUGCCCUAGCCAACGAAGUGCUUGGAUACGAUCUGCUUAAGAUAUGCAUUGAAGGGCCAAAGAGUAAGCUUGACCAGACGCAAUACUGCCAACCAGCAGUGAUGGUAACAUCUCUGGCUGCGCUGGAACAGCUUCGCGAGGAACGUCCGAAUGCGAUUGACAAUUGUUUCGCUACUGCCGGCUUCAGCUUGGGUGAACUGACCGCUCUCGUGUUUGCCGGUGCCAUACCCUUCGAUAAGGGACUACGGUUGGUACAGAUCCGUGCAGAAGCCAUGCAAUUGGCGAGCCAGCAGACGAAAGGUGGUAUGGCCACGGUGCUAUUCGGAGCGGAUGGGCGGAUCGGAGAGGCAUGCAAGGAAGCACAAAAUUGGUGCAUCGAGAAGGGUAUUGAAAAUCCGGACUGUCGUGUGGCGAACUAUCUCUAUCCCGGCUGCAAAGUACUGGCCGGAAACGAGGAAGCCCUUCGAUUCCUUGAAGCAAAUGCGAAACGCUUCAACAUACGUCGAAUGAAGCGCUUGCCAGUCAGCGGGGCAUUCCACACGGAGUUGAUGCAGUCAGCGGUGGAACCGUUUGCGGCCGCGCUGAGAAAAAUUCGCAUCGAGGAUCCACUGAUCAGUGUGCACUCGAAUGUGGAUGGAAAAUGUUAUAAGAGUGCGGGACACAUUGUGGGACAACUGCCAAAACAGAUCGUUCGGCCGGUCAAGUGGGAGCAAACGUUACACAUCAUGUACGAGCGAAAGCAGGGAGAACACUUUCCACGGACGUUCGAAUGUGGGCCCGGACGGGGAUUGAAAGCGAUUCUGAAGCAGGUCAAUGCGAAGGCAUGGGAUACGACGUUAAAUGUGGAAGCAUAGUUGAUACAGCAUGUGCAAAUGCGCUUUAGUUGAUAGAGGAAUAAAAAAGUGUAUAAAACAUUCAAUCGAAAACAUCAAUCUGUUGUAAGGCUGCCACCUAAGAAAGAAAUGACAGAAUUAUUUUAAAUUUUAGUACUUUUAUUGGUAGCAGAUUAAAACUACAUAUAUUUACAUCAACAAUCGUCCGUUUUUUUUUCUCUCAUACCCUGCUAUUAGAAGUAACACCUUCUAUAAUCUAUCCUUUCCC